AUGAAGGGUGACAAAGAAUUCUCCGGCACAUUACUUGGAUUCGACGACUACGUCAAUAUGGUUCUGGAAGAUGUGACUGAAUUCGAUUACUCUGGCGCGCAGGUCAAGCUGCCUAAGAUCCUGCUAAACGGGAACAAUAUCUGCAUGUUAAUCCCUGGCGGCGAGGGACCAGUUGGCAGCUCCUGA